AACAACAGAGCCACGAUGGCCAACGAGCACCGCCUGACAGACGGCGUGUCUGUGGAGGCGAUCAAGACCUUCUUCGCAGACCUGCAGAGCGAGUUCCCCGACACGUACACUGAGAUGACUACGGAGGAUGCCUGCAAGCAGCUGGUUGUGCCACGCACACGCCAGGACAACUGCGCCUACGUCGAGCAGCUGCGCAAGCAGUGGAGCACGACGUUCAAGCAGUCGAUUGCCAACAUUGGCCAUGUGCUGCUGGUGCUCAUGCCGUGGCGAGACCCUGUUCCCUUGACACGCGCGUGGUGUUUGUGGGAGAUCUUCUGUGGCAUCAGCAACGAGGGCACAGAGGUCACCAUCCAACUACCCAACAGCGAAGAACAGGCGCUCGAAAACGCCAUUCGCGAUGACUAUAAAGCAGUGACCGACACGCUGGUGCGCGUGCAGGCAGAGCGAGCCGACGCCUUCAACCCACGAGACAAGGACAUGAUCUUCACGGCGAUCGAGUCGUGGGCGGGUGGCUUCAGCGCAGUAAACCAGGCCGUGAAAGACCAGCUGCGCGCGUGGUGCCUGCAAAAGGCGGUGGGUGCCGUCGAAGCAAUGCGGGCACGAGGCGAGGACAGCACUGACGCCUUCGCGCACUUGUGCCACACCGUGGGGGCGGUGCUGAGCGAGUUUGGUGAACACGAUCGCGCCAUUGUCUACUACGAAGCUGCACUGCCGAUUUACCUGCGAACCGAAGGGGAGAAAGGAGAGGGCGUGGCGGCAUUGUACGGCAACCACGGCAACGCCUACGAGAACAAGGGCGAGUACGACAGAGCCAUCCACUACUACGAGAAGGACCUCGCCAUCACGGUGGAGACGUCGGGCGAGAAGCACCCGAGCACAGCCGACGCCUACAACAACCUCGGCAACGCCUACGACAGCAAGGGGGAGUACGACAGGGCGAUUGAGUGCUAUGAACAGGCGCUCGCCAUCAGAGUGGAGACGCUGGGCGAGAAGCACCCGAGCACAGCCAACACGUACAACAACCUCGGCGGCGCCUACUACGACAAGGGCGAGUCCGACAAGGCGAUUGAACACUUCGAGAAGGCCCUCGCCAUCAAGGUGGAGACGUUGGAGUGA